CUGAAAAGGGUUUCAUUGGAGUUUAGAGAAGGGCUAACAUUUGACGACGUCCUGCUUGUGCCCAAACGCUCUGACAUCACAAGCCGGAUACAGACAGACCUGAACACCAGGCUGUCGCGAAACCUGUCACUGAACAUUCCGCUCAUAUCUGCAAAUAUGGACACAGUCACCGAGUCGGGCAUGGCCGUUGCCAUGGCCAGGUACGGCGGAAUAGGGAUCAUUCACCGGUUCCUGACCGUAAAGGAGCAGGUGGACGAGGUGCUGAAGGUAAAGCGCUCGGGCAGCAUCAUGAUCGAGAACCCGUACACCGUGGGGCCCGACCAGACCGUCGGCAGCGCCAUCGACUAUGCCCGCGACAGGGACGUGUCGGGUCUGCUGGUGGUCUCCGGCGGGCGCCUGAUCGGCAUCAUGACGGAGCGGGACACCGCCUUUGAGCUUAACAGGUCCAGCCUGGUUCGCGACGUGAUGACAAAGGAUGUCGUCACGGCGGAUCCCGGAAUUGCCAUGAAGGACGCAAAGCAGAUCCUCUACCAGAACAGGAUCGAGAAGCUGCCGCUGGUGGACGCGUCUGGCCGCGUCAGGGGGCUGAUAACAAGCAAGGACAUCAGGAAUACCGAGGACUAUCCGCAUGCGUCAAAGGACAAGAAGGGCAGGCCGCUGGUGGGCGCCGCCGUGGGGGUGAAGGGCGACUUUAUGGAGAGGACCGAGGCCCUGCUGGAUGCGGGAGCCGACACGAUAGUGGUGGACAUCGCCCACGGUCACAGCGAAAAUGCCAUCAGGGCCGUCGGGCACAUCAAGAAGGGAUUUCCCGACUGCGAGCUUAUCGCGGGCAACGUCGCCACCGCCGGCGGUGCGGAGGACCUGAUCGGGGCCGGAGUGGAUGCCGUGAAGGUGGGCGUGGGCUCCGGCUCAAUCUGCAUCACCCGGGUGAUCACCGGCUCCGGCGUGCCCCAGCUAACGGCCGUUAUGGACUGCGCCAAGGUGGGAAGGGACCACGACAUUCCGAUAAUAUCUGACGGCGGCACCAGGACGUCCGGCGACGCCACAAAGGCCCUGGCCGCCGGCGCAUCCACGGUAAUGAUGGGAAGCAUACUUGGCGGCACCGACGAGACGCCAGGCACGGUACUCACAAAGAACGGAAAGCAGUUCAAGGUGUACCGCGGCAUGGCAUCGCUGGCGGCAUCUCUGGGGCGCAAGACAAAGGAGGGCGACGUAUCCCCGGACGAUGACCUCAACGACUACGUGGCAGAGGGGGUAGAGGCCAUGGUCUCCUACAGGGGUUCGGUAAAGGACAUCCUGCGGCAGAUGACUGGCGGAAUCCGCUCGGGGCUCAGCUACUGCGGCGCGCACAGCAUACGGCAGAUGCAGCAGAACGCCGAGUUCGUCAAGAUAUCCCGUGCCGGCUUUGCCGAGAGCCAGCCGCACGACGUCUCCGUGAUGUGA